AUGGCGACAAAUGCAGACUCCAAGUCAGAGGCAUCCAGGGCUCUACGACCAGACAUCAAAGUGCGCGGGCUCAACUACAAAUUCCCCGACGGCUCAUUGGGUCUACAAGACAUCAACCUUGAGCUCCCGGCAGGAAGCCGGACAUUACUCAUCGGGGCGAACGGGGCCGGCAAGACGACUCUGUUGCGAUUAUUAUCCGGCAAACGACUCGCACCGGCGGGCACGAUCUCCAUUGGCGGGGUGGACCCGUUCGCCUCGGGCCUCGAGGGCGUGACAUACUUGGGACUGGAGUGGGUGUUGAAUCCCAUCGUGCGGACGGACAUUGCAGUUCCCGUUCUGCUGGACUCGGUGGGCGGGACGUUCUACCCGGAGCGACGGGACGAACUUGUGCGGAUUCUGGAUAUCGACCUGCGCUGGCGCAUGCAUGCCGUCAGCGACGGCGAGCGUCGGCGCGUCCAGUUGGCCAUGGGCCUCAUUCGGCCUUGGGACGUGUUGCUGCUCGAUGAGAUCACGGUCGAUUUGGAUUUACUGUCUCGAAGCAACUUUUUGACUUGGUUGCGUGCCGAGACGGAACGAAGAGGCGCUACUGUCGUUUAUGCUACGCAUAUACUGGACAAUUUGGUCGGGUGGCCGACGCAUCUUGUCCAUAUGCAUUUGGGAAGAGUGAAGCAGUGGGGGAGUAUGGCUGAGUUUGAGGACCAGGUUGGUGAUGUCGAUGCCGAAGCCGCGGGGGUUGGGAAUAGUAAGCUUGGUCAGUUGGUUCUGAAGUGGUUGAGCGAUGAUCUGGAGGAGAGAGGGCCCAGGAAUCAAAGUGAGAAGGUGCGGCAGAGUGAGGGGAAAACGUAUGAGAAUCUCGAGGGCCUGGGUGGGUAUGGUCAGGAGAAAAAAGAUGAGAGUGAUCGGUAA